UCCGUUUCUACAUAAAAGGCACAAGCAGGUCUUUCGUAUCCGUGUCCCCGCUUAUCCCUGAAUCUUUCACUCCAAAUCUCAUAUCCAACGCUCAUCAGAAAACAUGGCAUCCGCAUCGAACAGGGGUCAAGGUGGAAUCCAACAAUUGCUUGCUGCAGAGCAGGAAGCUCAGCAUAUCGUCAAUGCUGCCAGAAAUGCAAAACUCGCUAGGCUGAAACAAGCCAAAGAUGAGGCGGAAAAGGAGAUUGCUGAUUACCGUGCCCAAGUGGAGCGUGAAUUUCAGAAGAAAGUUGCAGCGAGCAGUGGAGAUUCUGGGGCUAAUGUGAAGCGCCUUGAAGUGGAAACUGAUGAAAAGAUCAAACACCUCUCAACAGAGGGUUCAAGGAUAUCAGGUGAUGUUGUCCAGAUGCUUCUGAAGCAUGUGACAACAGUGAGAAAUUGAUCUCGUAGAUGGUACAGUUGUAACUUCGAGCUCCCUCAAGUAUUGUAUUCUUUUGCUUUCCUGAUUCAUCCUGGUCUGUGGACUUGUACUGUUACUUUACAUCUUGGUAUUCACUAUUUGAUAUGUUGUGGCGUAUUUUCCCGUGCAACUGCUUAAUUAUGUCUCCUAUUUAAAAAGAAUAAUAUUGCAAAGAUUGUUACGCCAGUAUGGUUGAACUUUGUAUCAGUUUCAUCUUGUUUUAGUUGUGGGAUUAAGGAUUCAUUUGGUGUA